AUGAAGUUGAUUUUAAAAUCCAGGCGAGCAACAUUCCGACUCACGACAAUUUCGACACCAUUCACGAACCGCCCAACAACCAUCGACCCGGUUCUCGUCAAGAUGUCGACAACUACACAAAAGAAGACCUUCGGCAAGUCGACGAGAGAGGUUCCUCACCACUCGCAGAAGGCCAAGAAGUGGUACCCUGCGGAGGAUGAAGUUGCCCCAAAGAAGGUCCGAAAAACCAUUCGUGCUUCUACUCCUCGAUCAACUCUCACUCCCGGUGCUGUCCUCAUUCUCCUCGCUGGUCGUUUCCGUGGCAAGCGCGUCAUCCUCUUGAAGAACCUCCCACAAGGUGUUCUCCUCGUUACUGGUCCUUUCAAGAUCAACGGUGUUCCCCUCCGCAGAGUCAACGCUCGUUACGUUAUCGCCACUUCCCAAAAGGUCGAUAUCGCCGGUAUUGAGCAAAAGAAGCUUGAUGAGAUCUCGGGGGACAAGUACUUCACAGCAGACAAGGCAGAGAAGAAGAAGGGCGAGGAGGCAUUCUUCCAGCAAGGAGAGAAGCCAGAGAAGAAGAAGCCAUCGUCCAGCCGUGCCGCCGACCAAAAGGCCGUUGAUAAGGCACUCCUGUCCACCAUCAAGAAGACACCCGUUCUCGCAAGUUACCUCGCCAGCUCUUUCAGCCUUCGCAAGGGUGACAGACCACAUGAAAUGGUUUGGUAG